AUGGCCCAGAGUGUGGAGCGGCGCGGCCUGACCAGCCAGGACACCUUGGGGCGUUUAGGAGGCCUGAUGCUCGCCGGCACCUUAAAGGCAGAGGAGACCCUACGACAAACGCAUGAAGAGCGCAUGUUUCAUGGGAUUGAUGUUGAUGCUGGCGUUCCCUGCAAGCCACUGAGGAGAAGCCCCUCUCCCAAUGGCAGGGCCACGAGAGUCCUGGUGCUCGCCGGCACCUUCAGGGCUAAGGACACCCUGUCGGAGGCCCAGACCCAGGGAGGAGGGGUGCUGGGAGUGAGUGACGAGGAGCUGGGGUCCUGGCCCUGCAGCCGCUGUCACAGCACAGCCCACCCCAGACCUCCAGAGUCAUGGGACUCUGGUGGCACAAGCUCCAGAAGCUUGGCCGAUGCCAGGGCUCCCAUGGCCCAGAGUGUGGAGCGGCGCGGCCUGACCAGCCAGGACACCUUGGGGCGUUUAGGAGCCAGGCAGGCUGCAGCGUGGGAAAGCCUGAGCAGCUGUCCCCCAACCCCAGCGGUCCCUCCCAUCCCACCCACCCUCUGCAGGCUUGUGGAGGAGUUCAUGCUCUUGGCCAACAUGGCAGUGGCCCACAAGAUCCACCGCGCCUUCCCCGAGCAGGCCCUGCUGCGCCGGCACCCCCCACCCCAGACAAGGAUGCUCAAUGACCUGGUGGAAUUCUGCGACCAGAUGGGGCUGCCCGUGGACUUCAGCUCCGCAGGAGCCCUCAAUAAAAGCCUGACCCAAACAUUUGGAGAGGACAAGUACUCACUGGCCCGGAAGGAGGUGCUCACCAACAUGUGCUCCCGGCCCAUGCAGAUGGCACUGUACUUCUGCUCGGGGCUGCUGCGGGACCCGGCAUAGUUCUGGCACUAUGCGCUCAUCAUGCCCCUGUACACACACUUCACCCACAUCCUGGCGAGCCCUCCCCUGCCUCCUGCGGUGCCCCCUGCCCUCAUCUAUGCCCCCUGGGCUCCCCCAGCACUGAAGCCUCCCGGAGAACUUGAUGAAAGCUAUGAGUUUACACCUAAGAAAUUGUCGGGCACCGUUUUUCACCAACAACGUGCCCUGAAGGUCAUCACCAUCAUCAGCCUGGUAGAGGUGGUCCUGUGGGUGGCCAUGACCCUCAAGUAUAGUGCUGUCCUGAAGCAGCCGAGCAACCAGGGCCACCUGGGCCCCAAGGAAGAGGAGGAGGAGGAGGAGGUCGACUUCCCGCAGGCUGAGGCCCCAGUGCCCUGCUUGUACUGCUGA